AUGCCUGCUGAAUGUGUAAAAGUUAUAGUGAGAAUGCGUCCAUUUAAUUAAAGAGAGAAGGAAAAUGGAAGUAAACCAUGUGUAUUAGUAAAUGAAGAUACAAAUAGUCUUGAAUUGCGAAAUGUAAUUAGUUUAUAUAUUUGAUUAAUCAGAGUCAAGAUAAUGAAUUGAAGAAUUUUACUUAUGAUUAUGUGUUUGGAGCUGAAACUCCAUAAUUAUCAAUUUAUUAGAAAACAGCUUUUAAUUUAGUUGAAUCUGUUGCUGAUGGUUAUAAUGGAACAAUAUUUGCAUAUGGUUAAACAGGUAAAUUCGAAUUUAAGAGUAUUAGGUUGUGGCAAAACUUUUACAAUGAUAGGAGAUCCAACAAAUGUAAGAUCUUUUCUCAAUUUUAGGAAAACAUGAAAGGUAUAAUACCAAGGACCUUUGAUUAAAUAAUAAGUCUUAUCAACAAUAAUUCAGAUUCAAAUAAAAAGUUCCUUCUUAGAUGUUCAUAUAUUGAAAUCUAUAAUGAAGAAAUUCAUGAUUUGUUGAGCAAAGAUGUAAAAUAGAAAUAUGAACUAAAAGAGGGAUAACAGGGAGUAUUUAUAAAGGAUCUCAAUAUUGUUGUGGUAAGAACUACUUAAGAGAUGGAUAAAUAUAUGUAAAUAGGUACUUAGAAUAGAUCUGUUGGUGCAACAGCUAUGAAUAAAGAAUCAAGUAGAAGUCAUUGCAUUUUCACUGUAUAUAUUGAAUGUUCUCUUACUGAUUCAAAAGGAAAUGAGAGAAUAACAGCAGGAAAAUUGAAUUUAGUUGAUUUGGCAGGAAGUGAAAGAUAAUCUAAAACAUAAGCAACAGGAGAUCGAUUAAAAGAGGCUACUAAAAUUAAUUUGUCAUUAUCUGCAUUAGGAAAUGUAAUUUCAGCAUUAGUAGAUGGAAAAACUUCACACAUUCCUUAUAGAGAUUCAAAGUUGACUAGAUUAUUGUAAGAUUCUUUAGGAGGUAAUACUAAGACAAUUAUGAUUGCUGCAAUCAGUCCAUCUGAUUUUAAUUAUGAUGAGACUAUGUCUAGUUUGAGGUAUGCUUCAAGAGCAAAGAUGAUUAAAAAUUAACCUAAAGUUAAUGAGGAUCCAAAAGAUGCUUUAUUAAAAGAGUAAGCUGAAGAAAUUAAAAAACUUAAAGAAUUACUAUCAAGAUAAGCAGCUGGAUAACCUAUUUCUAUAGAAUCCUUAAUAGCUAAACCAGAAAACAAUAACAAUGCCGAGAUUUCUAGAUUAAAGGAAGAAAAUGAUAGAUUAUUAAGAGAAAAGUAAGGAUUACCAUCUGCAGAACACUCAGAGGAAAAAUUAAAGGAGUUGAAUCAAUUUAAAGAAAAAAACAAUUAACUACAAUAAGAAAAAGAAAAAUUUGAACAAGAAAUGAAAGAAAAAGAAUUGAAGGUUGAAUAAGAAAGAUAAGUUAGGUAGAGAUUAGAAUAAUUACUUAAGGAGAAAGAAUAAAUGAUGGUUCAAGGUGGAAAGGGAAGUGAAGAUGAUAAAAAGAAAUACAAAAAAUUAAGAUAAGCUGUUGAUUAAUAAAAGAAAGAACACGAAGCUUUGAUAUAAUAAUAAGAACAACAAUAAUAAGAAAUGCUAGAAAUUGAAACUAAAUAUUAAAAUGUACAAGAGGAAGUUGAGAAACUUAGGAAAUUAAUUAAAUAUUUAAGAAAAAAACUAGAAGAAGCUACAAUUGAAUAAAAGGAUUUAAAAUUAGAAGUUGAAAAUGAAAAAGAAGAUAUGUUAGAAACUAUAAGAAAUCAGUAAAAGGAGAUUAAACUAUAUAUAGGUUUAGUCAAGAUGAUGUUUAAUUAAAAGGAAUUGGAGACUUUAUAAGCUGCAAGUGAAUGGGAUGAAGAUGCUCAAGAAUAUAAAAUUCCUCCAUUCAAUUUUAAAGCAAAAAAAGUCAACUUUCCAGCUCUUCCUUAUAAACAAGGUAUUUUUAUAAUAAAAUUAAGCCAUGGAUUUAAUUGAGUUAGAGAAAUCAGAAAGAGUACUUGAAGUUAAUUCUCGAUAAUAAUUCUUUGAAUAUGAAUAAGAUAAUAGAUAAAGACUUGUUUCUCCUAGGAUACCUAGAAAAGGUAAUUAUAUAGAAUAAUAAAUAGAAUCUUAACAAAAACAAAAUGGAAUUAGUUAACCUUAAUUGGAUAAGGGAUAUUUAGUGGCAGAGAAAAUAAAAUAGAAUUACUAAUUGCUCGAAUAACAAGAAGGAAAAUAACGUUAUUAGAGUGAUUAAGUAAACUAACAAUUUAUUGAGAAAAAAUUAAAUCAAAAAAUUAUUCUUAGUCCUAUUGAUAAUAGGGACAAUUCUGUCUAAACUUAGCAUAGUUAAUAUAAUUAUAAUGGGUAUUCGAAUAAUAGCAAUUUAUCCCUAGCCACUCCAAAUAAGAACAAUAAAAGUAAAUUGUUUGAUUUAAAUAGAUAUUAAUUUGUAACCACUUGAAUAAAAGGCUUUAUUAAUUUAGAAUGAUGAUUUGCAUAAAAGAAGAUAACACUAAAAAGUGUAAUAAAUUUGA